AUGAGUAUUUCGCUGACAGCGAGGACAAGGAAGAGCACGAAGCGGAAGACCAUUUACAUUGCGGUCCUUGUGACAGAGACUUCACGUCUUGGAACGCUAUCCAACAGGUCUUUAGAUAUCUCUCCCAAUCCCUUGAUGCAGCCAUUGUCUGACACAAGUCAGCACUUAAAUUCUAGAGUCCACCGCGCAUCGGGCAUUUCCUGCCCCUUUUGCGGAGUCGAGCGAGCUUCCGCAACCGGCCUGGUUCACCAUCUUGAAAGAGGAAGCUGUCCCAACGCGCCCCUCAACCGCGAUGCUCUCUAUCUCGCCGUCAGACGCCGGGACCCGAACGGCAUCAUCUCCAAAAAGUUGCUCGAGUUCCACGGCUCUCCCACAUACUCGGCUACCGAGAACUCGUACAACUACAGACACGAUGCGUAUCAGUGUUACAUGUGCGGUAACUUGUACGGAAAGCUGAACUCGCUCAACCAACACCUCAACUCGCCGGUUCACCAACAAUCGCUCUAUCAUUGUCCCAACAAGCACUGUAGAAGAGAGUUCACGACCUUGGCCGCUACCAUGAAUCAUCUAGAAAGUGAAAGCUGCGGGUUCAUGCGCUUUGAAGCUGUCCAGCAGAACGUGGGCCGGAUCCUUGAUUCGCGACGCAUGAUCCAGUUUUAA